AUUAUAUGUCAAUAAUUUGAUGUUGUUAUAAUAAUUAAAGACAGUAAAUAUAAUUAAAAUCAAAAUAUAGUAUAUUAUCAAGAGAGGUUAAUAAAAUAACCUAAAAAUAGAUGGUUUGAUUUAUUAAAUAGAAACGGAGAUUGUGAUUGGCUUGAGUCCCCCACGUUGUUACUUCGGUCAGACUCGGUGGUAGGCGGACCUUCAUCGGGCGGGGUCUUUAUUUAUCGAUUUAAAUUUGUCUAGCCGGUGCAUUUUCUGUCGACUGCUGGAACAGUGAAGCAGAUGUUCCUCUCGUGUCUUGUAUAAUAAAAUUUUUAAUUUUACUUUUGUUGCGUAUAUUAAAAAUAUCCAGUUAAACGUAAAUUGAAUUUAAAAAAAAAAAUUUUAAUGUUCAUUAACGUUUUGUAUAACAAGACAAUAAAACAUGACUGAUCCUUCAAAUAAAACCGACACAUCGGUUGAUACAAACAAUUUGAUUGGACCAAAAGAAGUGAUAAGUGCCGUACCAAAAGUCAGACAAGAUUUGCUCAAGUGGAAUGGUUGGGGCUAUAAGGAUUCGCGGUUCAGUGUUAACUUGAAUGAAAGAGUCCUCGAAUUCACUGGAAAUCGAUAUUCAAUUGGCAAUAAGCAAUUACCAUACUUUACAGUAUGGGCACAAGAAAAAUUAAACGUUGAUUUAGAUUCAAAACGUGAUAUUCAAGAAUUACCAAAAACUUAUCCGGAGCCAAUUUUAUCAGCAGAACUAUUUGAUGUAAUUAAACAAAGUGGAAUUGAAUAUUCGAUAGAGGGUACCGAUCGAUUAGUUAGGGCUCAUGGACAUACUUUACGAGAAAUUUAUAUGCUUAAACAUGGCACAUACCAAAGAAUACCAGACAUCAUUCUCUGGCCAAAAUGUCACAGCGAUGUGGAGAAAAUUGUGAAAAUUUGCGCCGAUUAUGAUGCGGCAUGUAUACCAUUUGGAGGUGGAACAAGUGUCAGUGGCGCUGCAAAUUGUCCCGUCGAAGAAAAAAGAACAAUAAUUUCACUUGACACAUCGCAAAUGAAUCGAAUAUUGUGGCUCGAUAGGGAAAAUUUACUCGCAUGUUGUGAAUCGGGAAUAAUUGGUCAAGAUCUUGAACGUGAACUUCGAUUACAAGGAUUCACAUCUGGACAUGAACCGGACUCGUAUGAAUUUUCAAGUUUGGGAGGAUGGGUCGCAACAAGAGCUAGUGGAAUGAAGAAAAAUGUCUAUGGAAAUAUCGAGGAUAUUGUCGUUCGAUUAAGAAUGGUCACUGGCAGAAUUGAUGACACUGCAGUGACGUUGGAAAAAGGAUUUCAAGUACCGCGAAUGUCAUGUGGACCAGAUUUUGAUCAAAUGAUUCUUGGUAGCGAGGGAACACUCGGUGUAAUAACAGAAGUUGUUUUUAAAAUUCGACCACUGCCACAAAUUGUAAAAUAUGGAAGUAUUGUGUUCCCGGAUUUUAGUAGUGGAGUCUCUGCCAUGCGAGAGGUAGCAAAACAACGAUGUCAACCGGCAAGUAUUCGACUAAUGGACAAUGAGCAAUUUAAAUUUGGUCAAGCCUUAAGACCGGAAACCGGAUGGGGAGGUCUCCUUCUUCAGGGAUUAAAACACGCUUACGUUACAAAAAUAAAAGGCUACAAUUGGGAUAGUAUAUGUGUCGCGACACUUUUAUUUGAAAGCGAUUCAAAUGCCGAUGUGGCAAUACAAGAACAAAAAAUUUACAAUAUUGGCAAAAAAUUCAAUGGUAUUCCUGCUGGUGAAACAAAUGGUGAACGUGGUUAUACGUUAACAUUUGUUAUUGCUUAUAUUCGCGAUUUGGGACUUGACUAUGGAGUUGUUUCAGAAUCAUUUGAAACAUCUGUUUCAUGGAAUCGUGCCUAUUCAUUGUGUCGUAAUGUUAAAACGCGAAUAAUUCGUGAUAUUACCACGCGAGGAAUUAAAUACUAUUUGGUCUCGUGUCGAGUCACACAAACAUAUGACGCCGGUUGUUGCAUUUAUUUUUAUAUGGCUUUCAAUUAUAUGGGUUUGAAUAAUCCAGUUGAAGUUUAUGAGGAAAUUGAAGAGCACGCAAGAGAAGAGAUUCUAGCUAAUGGGGGUUCAUUGUCACAUCAUCAUGGUGUUGGUAAAAUGAGAGCGGCAUUUUAUCCGGAAGCUGUUGGAAACGCUGGCGUUUCACUUUAUCGUGCUGCCAAAAUUCAUUUGGAUCCACAAAAUAUUUUCGCUGCUGGAAAUUUGGAUCCCCAGUAUAAAUCAAAAUUAUAGAAAGAAAGAAAGAAAAAAAAGUUUUCCCCAUUCAAAAAAAGUGUACAAUUUUUUCAAAAUAUGGUGUUCUCUUUUUUAAAUAUUGCAAUUUAAAAUUAUUUCUCCCACUUUUUCAUGAACGAAUGAUAAAAUUUUCAAUAAUUGUAUAGGUAGUUGCUUUUUUUUUUUUAUAGAAUUAAUAUUCAGAAUAAAUACAUUUUUCAAUUA